CUAUAUAAUAAAGGUUUCAAAAAAACAAAAAUAACAGCCUAGUAAUAAUAAUAAUUUACGUUUUCUCUCAAAAAUAAAUAAAUAAUAAUUUACAUUUAAUUCAAUGAAAUAAAUGUCAAUUAGGGCAAAUGUGUAACGAUAAACACCUAUGAUCCAGACCAAAUUUGGAGUAAUGUCAGCUCAUUAUACUUAAUCUUUCUUUUUGAAAUUUCAGAAUUUCUUUUAGAGGAAAUUUUGAAAUUUCAGACAGAUCUGUUGUUUAGUAUUAUAAAUUAGAAAAAGGAAAAUUAUUUUACACACUCAACUCGAGUCAGUUCUUCUUCCCUAAAUUCGCACUAUUAGGGUUUCUGCGAAUCUUAGCCAUGAAAGCUUCGGUCAAGUUCCGUGACGAUCAGAAGCCGCUCUUAAGAGCCAAAAUCCCACUCAACAUAUUGGGGUUUCCUUUUCAAUCCGGCAUUGUCGCUGGCGAUUCAAAGGAGCUCACCCUUAAUCUCGGCACUUUCUUUGAAUCUGGACCGUCCGUCAGAAUCUCUUAUCGUCCAAACGACACGUGGAAUCCUUUCUCCCUCGUCGUCAAGACCGGAACUGGAGCCUUUGGUUCUCCAAUUUCAAGUUCGAUGAUGAUGAGUGCAGAGUUUAAUUUACUAGGUCGUGGAAACCCAAGGUUCAUGCUUCAUUUCAAACCGGCUUUGGGGGAUUUCUCUUUAAAGAAGACUCAUUCUUCAGUCUUCGACAGCUUGGUGAAGCCCCAAACUGGCGUUGUUGGGCUUAAAAGCGAUGAAUCUUCGUCGAAAGACGUAGGCGAGACACCUGCGAUGAUCGGCUCGUUUCCCGGAAAGAAAAUCUCUGUACUGUCAUCGGGAACUCCGUUGACUAGCUCCAUCGCCGGUCUGUUGGGCGGCAUGGAAGUGACAGCGAAUACGUCCAUGCCUGUUCGUGGACGAGCCGUCGUGAAUUUUCGGUGGGGCGUUAGGGCUCCAUCAGAGAUUAGAAGUGGAGCCAAUCUAACGGCUGGGAUUUCAUUUCAGAAAAUUCCUUUCCUGGUGAUGAACAAGAUCGGGAUCGAACACGUGGGGAGUCCUGAUUCAACGACGGUUACUACUAAGAACAAGUCCGAGAAUUCUGAUGUGGCAGAAGCUUGUUUCAAUGUGAAGCGACAGCUGGAGUUGAUCCACGCUGAGAAUGGGUUACUGAGGAAAGCCGUGGAGGAACUCCGGCAAGAUAUUUCCGGCGACGGGAGGGCUUAUUCUUAUCCGGCAGGUAAUGUAGAUAGGCGAAGCAAUGAGAAGAAAGGUUCAGAUUUUAAUGGGUAUCAGGGAAUGUCAACAGAGGCAGUCGCGAGUGAGGAGUUAAAGAAGGCAUUAAAGGGUGCUUGAAAUUGAAAUACUUGGUUUGAACUUCUUGUAAUGGAUAAUGUUUCACUGUAAAUUUUUGCAGAGUAAUAAGAGUGGCUUAGCAGAGUGAGAUCAUCAUCAAAA